GAGCUCGGCUCGGACUGCGAAGAGCUCCUCAAGCUCAAGGCGGCAGUGCAGGCCAAGAAGGAGGCGCAGGCAGCUGCUGCUGGCGCGGGUGCCCCGCAGAAGGCGCCACUCCUUGAGGAGGAAGUGCGGGCCAAAGGCGUGGCUUGCAGGAGGGCGCUGGCAUGGCUUGAGACCUGCUCAGCCCGCGUUCUUGAGGGCCAGCAGUGGCUCGCCGACGCCCAGGCCGCAGAGGACGAGGCGGCCGCCAGCGCCCAUGCGGCGCAGCAGGACUGGGAGGCGGCCUGCGCCAAGCAGGUCAAGGCCUCGGCGCCGCCGUCAGCGGCGCCACCUUCUUCUUCGGCGAUCAACCUUUCGACGCUCGUCGACGAGGGCUCGCUACAGAUCGUGGACGGGCCGCUGUUUGAUCUCUCGGGCCUGGAGCUCGACGAGCAGGCACGCGUGGACUGGGAGCGCAUCAAGCAGGAGCUGGCCGACAGCGUCCAGACCAAGGUCCAGGAAGUCCUUGGUCCCUCGGCGCAGCGCAUCCUGGAGCUUCGUGAGGAGGCUCGCAAGCUGCGCGCCAGGGAGGAGGCCAAGCGCAGGCGCGUGGACGGCAGCGACGCGGCUGGCUCUGCUGCUGGCCCCGCUGCUACUGCUGCUACUGACGGGGCUGGGCCUGCUGGCGCCGCUGCGGCAACAGGCGCUCCAGCUGGGGCCGAGGCCAUGCGCGCUGCUGCCAGGGCCAAGGCCAAGUCGGCCCAGGAGGAGCUCUACGCUCAGCAGGAGGCUGCUUCCUCCACCGCAGAGGCCGCCCCUGGUGAGCAGUUCGCCGACUGCGGCUCAAGGCUCGGCGGCACGUGCACCGCAGGCAAGACGUUCAUCGCGUUCUGCGCCGCGCGGAGCUAUGCCAUCUCCGAGUGUGAGGAUUUCGGCCACUCGUACUUCUUCGGGUGCAUCGGGUCAAGCCUCGCU